AAUCAAAUUGUGCGCUAAUGUGGAUAAGACGUUGCUUUGCGCACAUCGGGAAGCGCGUAAAACCUGUGCGCAACUUGACACCGUUUCACCUUUCCUUGAUCCCGAGUCUGCAGCCAAUCAGCGGCAUUCAGGGACACAUGAACGGUGUGAAUAACCACCGAACAGGCUCCGGGCAGGCAGUAGGAACAAAGGAUCCCAGCCGCCCUCCGCCAACAAAACCUUCUUUCUCUGCGCAGAUUUGCACUUUUCACCGGCCACUUACGCGUCAUAAUUUGGACACGACUCGAUAAAAACUAUACGUAAUUCCUUGCGUGUUGUCCCAUCGCUCGCUUUCGUUGGAGAGGUAGGAAGAAGAGAAGAAACUUAGCGUCGCGGUGCUGCUGCUGCUGCUGGUGGAGAGAGUACGUUUGGUCGUUUGCUUGGAAUCUUUUCUUGGAUUCGCGGAUUUAAAGGCAACGCGUGACGGAGCUGCAGCGUGUGACUGAUAACGUCAUGAGAAAAGCACUUGAGAAGGUGAUUGCUGCUUUGAUGCUCUGACCUUUGACUGAGCAGAGAUGACGUUUUCUCUCGAGCUCUGGACUCUGAUGGAUUAGGAGGUUCAUCCACGAUCUCUCUGCUUCCCGCCCCGUUCCAAAGAGGAGCUCCCGUGUUGCUUCCGUGCCCAUGAGGUAGCGUCCGGACUGGGCCCGCUCCCCUCAUCGCUGCCCCUGGUCCCUCCAUCAGCUCCGCCCGUCACCCCACCACACCCCCUCCUCUCCUCACCCCUCUCCCUUCUUCAGCCAUGGGACAGAAGAUUUCGGGCAGCAUCAAAUCCGUGGACGUACGCGGGGAACCUUCAUAUCGCCCGGUUCGGAGAGAGCUACGCGGACCCGAUUUCUGCCGACCGCCUAGACUGGACCUACUCUUGGACAUGCCUCCUGCUAGCCACGAAAUCCAACUCAAACACGCGUGGAACCCAGAUGACCGAUCGCUUAAUAUUUUCGUGAAGGAGGAUGAUAAAUUGACUUUUCAUCGACACCCCGUAGCACAAAGCACGGAUUGUAUCAGAGCGAAAGUUGGAUUUACAAGAGGUUUGCAUGUUUGGAGAAUUAACUGGCCCGCAAGGCAACGAGGUACGCACGCAGUAGUUGGAGUAGCGACAGCAGAGGCGUCGCUCCAUUCGGUUGGAUAUACAGCUUUAGUUGGCUCGGACUCAGAAUCUUGGGGUUGGGAUUUGGGACGGAAUAGACUUUAUCACGAUGGGAAAAACAGACCAGCUUCGACCAUGGCUCCUACUUAUCCGUGUUUUUUGGAGCCAGAUGAGUCAUUUGUGUUGCCGGAUUCGCUCACAGUGAUUUUGGACAUGGACGAAGGCACUCUAAGCUUUAUGGUGGAUGGACAGUAUCUGGGCGUGGCGUUCAGAGGGCUCAAGGGGAAGAGGCUGUACCCCAUCGUGAGCGCGGUUUGGGGGCACUGCGAAGUCACUAUGCGCUACAUCAACGGACUGGAUCCCGAGCCCCUCCCUCUCAUGGACCUGUGCAGACGAGUGGCCCGAGUAGCUUUGGGACGAGACCGGAUCCACCACAUCGACUCCCUCCCUCUGCCGCAAACGCUCAAAAACUACCUCCAAUACCAAUAAAGACUGUCUAUAGCAUCAACACAGGACGCAAGGUGGACCUAUCCGUUCUAACCAGCUGGAACUGCGAUGUAAAGCAUGACAAAACACACAGACAGUUGCAAAAAAAUGAUUUCGUUUACAAGAUUUCAGAUUUCUUAGAUUUUGGAUUUUUUUUAAUCUGCUUUUUUUUUUUUUCCUUUCUUUUUAAACUUUGCUUUCUUGGUGCGCUACUAAGGUGGAGAAGUUGACCGUGAGAUUACAAGUGUUGCAGUGCAGUUUAGCAGAUACAAGCCUUAAAUCUUACGCACAAAAUCAGUUAGUGUUUAUGGAUAUAUACAUGAAAAUAGAAAGUGAAGUAAUGCUUUUUUGUCUGAAACAGAUUACAGUAGUGUCAUGGGUUUGCUGAAAACAAUGGACCCUCUGUGAGCAGUAAUGCAGCCACUUAAGAUACCAAAACAACUAGUUACUCAACAUGGGUUUUCUCCUUAUUUACAAAAGAUCUAAAAAGUUGGGACACUGUAAAUACACAAGACGAGCUCAUAAUGCCGGUUUUUAGUAUUAAGGUGCGUUGUGUAACUUUUCUGGUGGGUUUUCGUCAUUUAAAUGUUCUUUCUUUGACUGGAAUGUUUCACAGUAUGGCAUUAAACCUUUCUGUCGUCAUGAAGACCAAACAAGGCGAAGAUACAGGUCAGAUCUGUGAAGAGGUCACAGAAAGAAUACAUAUUUUUCUGGGUAGUUUUGAGCAGUGGAACCACCUCUGAUUGAGUGCAAAUGUAAUGUAGAGCUGUUUAAUGUUAUACUGUGGAACAUUCCUUGUAGAGCAAUGGCGUAUCCAUAGAAACAAGCAGUUAACGGACCCCCAACCUAACCUAAGUUUCAUAAAUCUGUAAAUUCAAUUAAAGGUGCGUAAUUUUUGAUGAUUGAGGGUCUGUCAACUGCUUUGUCACAAGUACAUGUUGGUGAUGUCAACAGACCAGGUUACAAGUCAGAUCUGUGGAGAGGCGAGACCCACUCACAUUAAGAAAGCAUGUUUUUCCAGGUAUUCCGAGGAGGAGAAAAAAAACAAAAAAACAUGCGUAACUGAAUAAAUGAAAAAAGAAAAUUAAUUUACUCCCACACUAUGGAACAUUGCAGGUAAACAAAAAAUAUCUCCAUGGGCACAAGCAGGUAGCAGACCCUCCACCAGAAAAGGUACAUUGGUGAAAAGACGGAAAAAUUCAAGUUCACAAUAAGUUGUCUUUCCAAUUUAAAAAAAAAUUUAAAUUUUUUUAAAAAGUUCAUACAAAAAUUGAAACACAAUAUAUUAAAUUAAAGAAGUAUUAUAAGUUGCUUUUUCUUCAAAAUACUAGUCUGCCAUUAUACUACUACUAUUGUGUGCCCCCUAGUGGUUAUAAUUGAAUGGGUUGCAAUCAUCAAAUGUAAUGUAAUUUUUAAUAUAAAACUAUAAAUAUGUCUUAAUUGGUAUGUUGUUUUUAAUUACAUAUAAAACCCAACUCUUCGAUUAACAAUUUAGGAUUCAUGUACAUUUUGAAGGUCUGGUCUGAUUUAGUGGCAGUUAUGGGUUUUAUUGAAUUUACAUAUUUUUAAAUUUUUAAUUUUCAGUGUCCCAACUUUUAAAAAUUUUGAUGAUAUUUUUCUCAAAUCUUAAAAUUCCAAAACCAUGUCUUGGACUGACAGUGUACCCGAGAUCUAACCCAAAGCACAGUAUCUCUAACAAAAACACUAAAUGGUUUUAAAUGCUGCUUUCCUCUUUCUUUCCACCAUUUUGGCCUCUUGAGUUUUUAAUCAUUUGCUUUUGAAAGAUGGUCUUAAGAGAUUUUUUAGUCUUUUUUUCUAUGUAUUUUGAGAUUUAUGCGGGGUCCAUGUCUCGCAGGUUCAAGAAUGUGCUGCCAUGAGAUCUUUUAAUGUGAAGAAUAAACUUGGCUAAACUUGUA